AUGUCCCUGGAAGGGCUGCAGGAGCGCCUGACGGCCCUGCAAGAGACCACGUCGCAGCUGCGGGACCUCAUCGAGCGGCUCGCCAACCUCAAGUUCCAGCCGGGCUCGGUCCCGCUGGGCACCGACGAGGAGGGCAGCCCGAGCGGCGAGCUGAGCGCCGAGAUUGGCCAGAUCCUGCGCGGCGGCCUGGAGGAGCAGGAGCUGCUGCGCGAGGAGGCCAGGUUUGCAAGGCCCGAGGGCCAUGACAAGGCGCGCCUGACGGAGGGUGUGGAGAGGCUGGGCGGCGAGCUUGUGAGCUAUCGGGCGGCCUUUCGAAAGGCGCGGCUAGCCGCGAAGAAGAGCCUCGAGCAGGCCCAGAGACAGGAGCGCGCGCUCCUCAUACAAUCCUUUUCCGUGCCCGUCUCCGAAGCCGCCUCUCCAACAGGCACGCCAUCCAGCGACGAUGCCGUCCUCGGCGCUCAAGCACAGCUCCGCUCCACCCUCCGCCAACACCACCACCAGCACCACACGCAGCACCAAAAGUCGAGCCUCUCCCAGCAGGACCAGCAGACGGUCGGCGCGAGCAGCAACGUGACGGACGCGCUGCGGCGCACGCACGACCUCAUCGCGGCGGAGCUGGCGCGCAGCGAGUUCGCGCACCAGACGCUCGAGGAGUCGUCGGCGGCGCUGCGCCAGCUGGGCGAGUCGUACGCCUCGCUCGAGGGCAUGCUCGCGCGCUCGCGCGACCUGCUGGGCGCGCUGCUGCGCUCCCAGAAGAGCGACACGUGGUACCUCCAGACGAGCAUGUACAUGCUGCUGGCCACGGGCGCGUGGCUCGUCUUCCGCCGCCUGCUGUACGGGCCCGCGUGGUGGCUCGUCUGGCUGCCGCUGCGGCUCGUCUUCGGCGUGGGCAGCAGGGCCGGGAGCGCCGUCAUGCAGGGCAGGGGCAGCGGCGGUGCGGGCGAGUCGGGCAGGGCGCAGGUCGGGCAGCAGGACGGCCGCGAGGGGCUGCCCGUGGAGGGCUUGCCGGACGAGGACCUGCCGACGGCGAGGGUGGGACGGGACGAGGAGCGGGCCGGCGAGGAGGCGGACCCGGAUUCCAUGGUUGAGCAGGUGGGCAUGAUUAUCGACGCCGCGAACGAGGCGGACGAGCUGGGGUCCAUUCCCGACGAGGAGGACCAGCCGCGGAACCCAAAGAAGCGCAUGUGGGAGGAAGAGGAAGGCGACUCGCAGGUGCCGUCUCAGGGGGAUGAAGCACACGUCAGAGACGAGCUAUAG